AAGUUGGUGCCUAAGAAGAUGAUAAUCACACAAAUAAGUCAGUUCUACAUGACUAGCCUUGGAGUUCUCUUCCUGAUUAAUAUUAUCCCUGGAACAACUGGCCAAGGGGAAUCAAGGCGACAAGAACCUGGGGACUUUGUAAAGCACGAUAUUGGCGGACUCUCUCCGAAGCAUGCUCCAGAUAUUCCUGAUGACAGCACCGACAACAUCACUAUAUUCACCAGAAUCUUGGAUCGUCUUCUGGAUGGCUAUGACAACCGGCUGCGACCUGGGCUUGGAGAUGCAGUGACUGAAGUUAAGACUGACAUCUACGUGACCAGUUUUGGCCCUGUGUCAGACACUGACAUGGAGUACACCAUUGAUGUAUUUUUUCGACAGACAUGGCAUGAUGAAAGACUGAAAUUUGAUGGACCCAUGAAGAUCCUUCCACUGAAUAAUCUCCUGGCUAGUAAGAUCUGGACCCCUGACACCUUCUUCCACAAUGGCAAGAAAUCAGUGGCCCAUAACAUGACCACACCUAACAAGCUGCUCAGACUGGUGGACAAUGGAACCCUCCUCUACACCAUGAGGUUAACAAUUCAUGCCGAGUGUCCCAUGCAUUUGGAAGAUUUUCCUAUGGAUGUGCAUGCCUGCCCACUGAAGUUUGGCAGCUAUGCCUAUACAACAGCCGAAGUAGUUUACUCUUGGACUCUUGGGAAGAACAAAUCUGUGGAAGUGGCACAGGAUGGCUCUCGACUGAAUCAAUAUGACCUGCUGGGCCAUGUUGUUGGGACAGAAAUAAUCCGGUCUAGUACAGGAGAAUAUGUCGUCAUGACAACCCACUUCCAUCUCAAGCGAAAAAUUGGCUACUUUGUGAUCCAGACCUACUUGCCAUGUAUCAUGACUGUCAUUCUGUCACAAGUGUCUUUCUGGCUCAACAGAGAGUCUGUCCCUGCCCGCACGGUCUUUGGUGUCACCACUGUUCUCACCAUGACCACCUUGAGUAUCAGUGCCAGAAACUCCUUACCUAAAGUGGCAUAUGCGACGGCCAUGGAUUGGUUCAUAGCCGUCUGUUAUGCCUUUGUAUUUUCUGCGCUGAUUGAAUUUGCCACUGUCAACUACUUCACAAAGCGGAGUUGGGCUUGGGAAGGCAAGAAGGUGCCAGAGGCCCUGGAAAUGAAGAAGAAAACACCAGCAGUCCCGACAAAGAAAACCAGCACCACCUUCAACAUCGUGGGGACCACCUAUCCCAUCAACCUGGCCAAGGACACUGAGUUCUCCACCAUCUCCAAGGGCGCUGCUCCUAGUGCCUCCUCAACCCCGACAAUCAUUGCUUCACCCAAGACCACCUACGUGCAGGAUAUCCCAACUGAGACCAAGACCUACAACAGUGUCAGCAAGGUUGACAAAAUUUCCCGCAUCAUUUUCCCUGUGCUCUUUGCCAUUUUCAAUCUGGUCUAUUGGGCCACAUAUGUCAACCGGGAGUCAGCUAUCAAGGGCAUGAUCCGCAAACAGUAGAUAUUGGCGGUGCCGCAACCAGAGCACUGUACACCCUAGGAAGUGUCCAUGCACCCAAACCCCAGGGCUCCCCUUCAUGUGUUUCAGGAUUCUUCUUUUUUAACCUUCUUACCAAGCCAUGACUCUCAAUUAAUAUUUAUGAAUCUCAAUGAAGAAACAAUAACAACAGAAAAAAUUACUUUUCCCCAUUGCUGAGUAUAUCCUCAUUGGAGCCAAACACUGCCAUUUGUCCAGUUGCUCAUCUUAAUCUGCCAGUCUCCCUCAGCUGAGGGCACAGCAUGUAUUUUAUUGCACUCUGCCCACUAAAGAAAGAACAGGAGACUCUAUGGCCUGUAGUGAGAGCCUUGGCUAUUUGAAAGUUCCAGACUAAGGAUGAUUGUUGACUGGUCCAGAUCAGAUGAUUCUGACUCACUAGGGAGCCAGGCUGCGUCCCAUGUGGUCCUGCCUGCCACCUCCCCUGCCCACAGCAGGGCCCACUAGGCAUAAGUACUGAUAACAAAGGCAGGAGCCAGUGCUAAUCUCUGAACAUGGCCCACAACCCCUUUAUUGGCUUGGAGGUUAAUGUGGACAGUUAAGGCUUACCACUGUCUACCAUGUAUGGCCAAAACAGAUAGAACAAACUGGGCCAGCCUGGCACCAACAUGGCUGAUGACCUGCCAUGUCUAGCCCCUCAGGAAAAUAGUACCCUCUUUGGUAUACCUCUCCUCCAGAAAGCCCUUUUCUCUCAAGCCCUUUGAACCCCUUGCAGCCAGCUGGACACUGCUUAGCUUGGACUCAUUACUGCCUGCAAACUCUUUAGGAAAAGGAUCAAGUAAUUUUUAAAAUUUAUACUAAAAAGGGACAUAUAGAACAAAUUCUAGAUCAAA